UUCGUUCACUCUAAUUAUCUCUCUCACUCCUCACAUCCUCCACUCUCUCUCUCUCCCAGCCUCUCUAGUUCUUUCUCUCUCUAUUGAAGCCCUCAAGCCGUACCGAUUCAUUAGUUAGCUUCGUCCGUCCAUGGAAGAUUAGCAAAGUAGCGUAGCGACUGCAUGUUGCCCAGUGCAUAUAGAUAGACUGUGUUGCUUGUGCUUUACUGUGAAUCUAUACACACACAUUAACACACUCUAGCAGACAAACACACUAUCUCUCUCUCUCCCUCUCUCUCUCUCUCUCUCUCUUUUCAUUCUGUCUCUGUGACUGUAGCGUUGGCUUACUAGAGAAAGCAGCAGUGAAAGUGCAGGCGGUCUACUUUGACUGAAGACUCGGAGCAGAUAAAACAAACACAGACAGAAGACAGCAGGAUGGGAGCCUUCAGCGAGUUGUAAAAUACUCCAGUUCUUCUCUGUCAAAGGCAGAGGCUGUGGCUACUGUCUAGCAACACUUCAUCACCACUACUUCUCUGGUGCAUCAGUCCAGCUAACAGAAGAGAAACAGAAGAGAAACCGGGAAGAAGGAACAAUGAGGAAUAUAGGGGACAGAGACCUACAGAAGACCAGCACCUACAUCGUACCCUGCUUCCUGUUAGUGGAGCUGGUGAUCAUGGCUGGAACGGUUCUCCUGGCGUACUACUUUGAGUACACAGACACGUUCCCCGUUCACGUCCAAGGGUUCUUCUGUUUCGACAAGACGUUCUCCAAACCGUACCCCGGACCCGAGGAUGACAGCAAGGCGCCGCCGGCACUGGUCUACUCUCUGGUCACCGCUAUCCCUACUGUCACGAUUCUGAUUGGAGAGGUGACAACGUUCUUUGUGAAAGCGGAGGGGGCUCAGGAGAAGACCAUUGUGACAGCUGACUGCUGUUACUUCAACCCCCUCCUCCGCAGGAUAGUACGCUUUCUGGGCGUCUACUCCUUUGGCCUCUUCGCCACCACCAUCUUCGCCAACGCAGGCCAGGUGGUGACAGGAAACCAGACCCCUCACUUCCUGUCUGCCUGCCGCCCCAACUACACAGUCUUGGGCUGCCAGUCCCCCAUGCAGUACAUCACAGAGCGCCGCGCCUGCACUGGGAACCCCUACCUGGUUGCGUCUGCACGCAAGUCCUUCCCCUCCAAGGACGCGGCCCUCAGCAUCUACUCUGCUGUCUACACAGUGAUGUACGUGACGCUGGUGUUCCGUACAAAGGGCACCCGGCUGACCAAGCCCACCCUGUGUCUGACCCUCCUGUCCCUGGCUGUGCUGGUGGGGGUGGUGAGGGUCACGGAGUACAGGAACCAUUGGGGUGACGUCCUGGCUGGAUACCUGACCGGAGGGGCCAUCGCUGCCUUCCUGGUGACAUGUGUGAUCAACAACUUCCAGCAGACGGCGUCAGCCCUGCCCCCGCUGCCCCCCCAGCGCCCUCAGCCCCCCCACGGCAUGCUACUGUCCACCCUACCUCGCGUGGAGAGUCCACUUGAAAAGUUAAGUUGCCCUCAGGUUCCAAGACUACCGUACACUGAGAUCACAUGACCAUCAGCCAUACCUGUGCCCCGUCCCUCCCGAUGUGCUCCUCCCCUCGCGGCGCUUCAUCUCCAGCGAAGUCUAGACCUGCCCUCCAUCUCUGAGCACCACGCCCCCUGCCCCGCCCACCCUGAGGGGCGGCCCCCUCUCCGACGCUCGUUCUCCACCCAGGUCUAGAACAUGGAACCUAGAACCUAAAUCACCCAGAUCCAACCUCAAAACAACCUUACCUGGGAGGGACUACCUGGACUUGUCCAAUAAGAAAGGCUUGUUUUUGUUUUCCGCUGCAAAACAUUUUGCUACGGUGUGCAGUAAUGAAUACGACCCUGAAGUAGGUAGAAGUUUACCCUAACCAUUAAUACAUGGUCAUAAAUCUUGUCAUCAUUGUAUGGUUAGGGUUGGGGGUAAGGGGAAUCUGAUCCUAGAUCUGUUGUUAGCCUCCAUCACCAAGGAGACGACCCAGGCCACAGCCAUGGUAACCGGCUAAGUCUGCGGGCUAAACAGAUUUGAUCGGAUAUGGCAUCCUUUCCCUCUGUCUGUCUCGACCUUGUUCAUCAAAUGUUGUUUUUUUGCCUUGUACUCUUUUGAUUUUUCCCAAGAUGACCCAAUGGUGUACAAAUACAAGCUCACCAAAGCCAAGACUACUAAGAGCUGUGGAAGCAAUUACAGUACCUUUCCCUUCGCCACAGUUCUAUUGUUUUGUCUCCACUUCUCCCUUUGGGUCUCCUCUUUUUCUUCUUCUUCUACUCUACUUUAAUGUACAGACAGAGAAGUCUUCUUCUACUCUACUUUCAUGUACAGACAGAGAACACUAAACAGUGGUUGAACGACACAGAAAGAGGGGCACGGUGCAUAAAAAUAAACAAAACACAAUGGAAAGAUGAGAUCAAUAUACAGUUUGGACACACUUUCUCAUUCAAAGUUUUAA